CGGAAGCAGUGCGCUUACCCGCCGGCUACGUUUCUAGCACGCAUGCGCUGAGCCGGCCAACGGAGCCUGCGUUUACCGCCCCACUCGGCGUCCAAUCUCCUAGCAACGACUCCGGCUUCCUAGGAGCUGCUCCUUUCUCAACCAUUCCUGCCCACAACACCCCAACUUGCUGCCAGCAAAGCCCCUCCACACCCCUCAAACUCCAGACCCUUCACAUCAAUUUACUGUUCUCUUUGACCUCACCCCAGGAAUUUUCUCUGAAUCAAUCCCAUUUCCUCGUCUCCCAGGUCUCUGAGUUUCUCUCUCCUCCUGCCAUCCUGGGUUCCCGCCACCCUUAGGGACCGCCCAGGCUGCUAGGCUCCUUUUCAUUUCUUCUCCAGCCUCAGACCAGCAGCCUUUUAUUUUAGUUCAUGGCUGGAGCUAAGUCUGCCCAGGGUCCAGAGGAAGGGGGCGUCUGCAUCACUGAAGCCCUUAUCACUAAGCGGAACUUGACUUUCCCUGAGGAUGAGGAACUGUCAGAGAAGAUGUUUCACACUCUUGCUGAACUGCAGACUGUCCGCCUGGACCGGGAGGGGAUUACUACUAUCAGGAACUUAGAGGGCCUGCAGAAUCUUCACAGCCUCUAUCUGCAAGGGAAUAAGAUCCAGCAAAUUGAGAACCUUGCUUGCGUCCCCUCCUUGCGCUUCCUGUCUCUGGCAGGAAACCAAAUCAGGCAGGUGGAAAACCUCCUCGACCUCCCGUGCCUCCAGUUCCUGGACCUUUCUGAGAACCUGAUAGAAACUUUGAAGCUGGAUGAGUUCCCCCAGAGCCUUCUUAUCCUCAACCUGUCUGGAAACAGCUGCACCAACCAGGAUGGCUACCGUGAGCUGGUGACAGAAGCCCUGCCACUUCUCCUGGACCUGGAUGGGCAGCCUGUGUCGGAGCGCUGGAUCUCAGAUGAGGAGGAUGAAGCCUCGAAUGAUGAUGAGUUCCCAGAGCUGAGUGGCCCAUUCUGCUCAGAGCGAGGCUUCCUUAAGGAGCUGGAGCAGGAGCUGAGCAGGCACAGGGAGCGCCGACAGCACGCAGCCCUGACGGAGCACCUGCUGAGGAUGGAUAUGCAGCCCGCCCUCACCGACCUGCUCAUGCUGCCUGGGGUGCCCAUGGCUGGGGACAGCAGCCCUUCUGUCACUCCUGGGGAAGGGAAGGAGACACUCCCUGAGGCUGUCUCCUCACCCCAGGCCUCCUCUCCCACCAAGAAACCAUGCACUGUGGUUCCCAGGAGCCAGCAAAGCUCUCUCUGGGGAAGGAAGGGGGUCCGAGCAGCCACAGCCCCCAAGGCCUCUGUGGCUGGGGCCCCCAGCACAACCAAAACUACGCCCAAGAGAAGCAAGAAAUGAUACUCUGUGAACCUUUCUCUAUGAGUGGAGUGGGGCCUGCCUCCCUUCUCAGACCCCUCACCUGUGACAGGAGCCCAUUCCCAGUAAAUUGUCUCUAGGCCCUGAAUAUGCUUUUCGUGUCGCUUGGGGGUGUCUUAGGGGAAGCAACCAGUGAAAGCACCAGGAAACAAAACACAGAGCCCAGUGAGCUGCCUGAUUCUAAA